UACCAGUACCCCAACUUCUAGUGCCACCAAAUGCCUUGAAGUUGCUUUAAGACAGCACACUCUUACUCACCUCUAUGACCUUUCAUUCCUACACUGGUCAAGAUUACAGUACACUGGGCAGUGCUGGGAAGAUUUCUUUGGAUCAGAUUGACUCGCUUUGUACCAAAUCCUUCCCACCAUGCAUGCGUCAGUUACACAAAGCUUUGCGGGACACUCACCAUCUCCGCCACGGGGGCCGCAUGCAGUAUGGCCUCUUCCUGAAGGGCAUUGGCUUAACGCUGGAGCAGGCACUGCAGUUCUGGAAGCAAGAAUUUAUCAGAGGAAAGAUGGAUCCAGACAAGUUUGAUAAAGGCUACUCUUACAAUAUCCGUCACAGCUUCGGAAAGGAAGGCAAGAGGACAGACUAUACACCUUUCAGUUGCCUGAAGAUUAUUCUAAACAAUCCGCCAGGCCAAGGGGAUUAUCAUGGGUGCCCAUUCCGUCACAGUGAUCCUGAGCUGCUGAAGCAGAAGUUGCAGUCAUACAAGAUCUCUCCCGGAGGGAUAAGCCAGAUUUUGGAUUUAGUAAAAGGGACACAUUACCAGGUAGCCUGUCAGAAGUACUUUGAGAUAACACAUAAUAACUUUCUUUACAAAAGCAGCUGGCAAGAUUUGACACACAGGCCUCAGCCAACCUCUGGAGUAGAUCUAGAACGUUUGGCCACAGCUGCCCAGAGGAACCUGUCUUUGACCGUCUUCCCUGCAGAAAAUGUGAUCCUUUUACUUGCUGCCACCUCAUGUUUAAGCUACUACCCAAGUCUUGUAUUUAUCUGCAUGAAGAACCUAGGUUACAUGGUAGACCCUUAA